CGUCCGCCGUCUAUGCAGGUAGGUAAGGUAGGGUCUCCAAUUCUCCAACUACAGCAAUGCAUCGCAUCGCAUCUCUCCGCUAACCAUCAUCCACCAAAACUUGGCUUGCGCCAUGGCCCAUGAAGAACGCGCUUGCGUUUUCGAACCAUGGAUGCGGACGCUCCGGUAAACGCUUGCUAAAUCGCACGAAGCCCUGACUAUUUCGCCAUUCUUCCGUUUCAUGCCUGCCUAGAGACGUUCGUCCCCUUUGGCGGGCCAAAACCGGUCAUGGCUCGUCGAGGCUCAUCCCAGGAACCGGCCCCGAAUGACCCCCCCUUCGCGCGUGAGACAUGCCACUCAUGCGCCCCCGACCAACCGACCACCCGAGUCUCACCACGCACAACUUCGACCUGGCACCCGACAACCUCAUCGUCGGGUGGUCUCGCCUGGAGAACGGCGUCUUCAUCCAACGCAAACCCUUCCUCUUCUUUGGAGACCAGUUCGCAUCCAACCUUCUUCCCGCCCAGUUCCACCCCUCGACGGGCGCAUCAGCCACCGAACCGGCGCCCAUGCCUCUCCCGCCCACGCGCUUGUGCCUCGUGGUCUAGUUGCCUCUUCCUCCUUGCACACCACCUCCGAUGACUUGCAGCCCUUCUGUACGCCGUCCUUAGGA